ACUUGUAUGGUUGAUGCUGUACAUUUUGUUAAUGUCAUGUUUUACCUGUCUUACACACUGACACCCCCACAUAAUUUACUUACUAAUACUAAAGUGACAAGCUGUCAUCUGUUGUAACAGGAAAUAAUUUUAGACUUCUGCUUUGAGUGUCUGACUGUACUGCUGUAGAGCACUUGAGAUGUCUCUCUUUAUAUUUGUGACUCUUCUGGUCAUCACACCUGCAUCAUUACCUGCAUCCUCAGGAAACACUCCUUAUGUAGUAUUACCAAGAAACAUAACAGCAUUGAGUGGUUCGUGUGUACAGAUACCCUGCACAUUCAACGUCUCUGAUUUUGAAGUCAAAUUGAGGAAUACAAAGGGGAUAUUUGGUUGUUGGUUAAAGACGACAUAUCAGUUCAGCGAUUUGGUUUUCAAUAGCAGUGGACCCAUCAUUAAAGGAUUUAGUCUUAUAGAGAUGGUUGGAAAUCUCAGUCGGCGUGAAUGCACCACUAUUUUCUACAAUGUCACGAGCAAACAUUCAGACGUCUACUACUUCAGGGUGCAAAUGGAGCCUCUAAACGUAUUUAGAUACACAUUUCACAAUUCAGUAAAUAUUAAUGUCUUAGAUGUGCCAAAGCCUCCUCAACUCAAUGAUCUACCAGAAGUGAUGGAGGGCACUGCAGUGAAUCUGAUCUGCUCUGCUGAAGCUCCCUGCCCCAAACAACCUCCUACAUUAUCCUGGACUAACAUCCCCAAAUCUGCCAACAUUACAACACAGUUACAGGAGAAACCUAAUAAAACUGAUUCAGUGUUUUCCUCAAUGACCUUCAAUGCUUCAUACAUGGAUCACAAGAUGAACAUCUCCUGCAAUGCAACAUAUCCAAGAAACAUCUCCAAUAACACAACUGUGAACAGCACAGUAAUGCUGCAAGUUUUAUUUUCUCCAAAAGAAACUCGUUUUCUCAUUGAACCAAAUGCUUCAGUCUCUGUUGGCACUAAUGUGACUUUAACCUGCCAAAGCAAAGCCAAUCCAUCAAAUGACCUGAACUACACCUGGUACAAAAAAGGAGAGCAGGAACCUCUGGCUUUUGGAAAGCAAAUGACCUUCAAUGUCAGUAAAACAAAUGGUGGCUGGUACUUCUGCAGGGCAAAAAACAAACAUGGUGCCCAAACUUCAGAAGCGAUCCAGCUGAUUGUUAAAGUCGUUUUCAUAGUAGGGUCAUCAGAAUCCUUCAUCGUGCCUUUGAUCGUCGGUGGUGUUGGAGGAGUUUUCGCUUUUCUUCUGUUAUGUCUUCUGGUGACGAUUUUCAUAAGAAAACAAAAGACGCAAGCAUCUAACGUACCUGUUGUUACGGAAGCUGACUUUUCAGAUCAGGACCAGAAAAACCACAAAGAGACCAAUGCCACUUAUACUAAUAGUGCUUUUGUAACAAGUGAGAAGCCAGAGAUACCAAAAGAUGAAGACGACAUCCACUAUGGAGAGAUUAACUUCACCCCAGUCCAAACUGAAACCAUCACAGAGAAAAGCUCGGGUCAAGAGACGGUAUAUGCUGAGGUUUGCAACUCAGGCAUGAAGAUUAACCAGGAUUACAGUGGACCCAUCAUUAAUGGAUUUAGACUUAUAGAGAUGGUUGGAAAUCUCAGUCAGCGUGAUUGCACCACUGUUUUCUACAAUGUCACGAGCAAACAUUCAGAUGACUACUACUUCAGGGUGCAAAUGGAGCCAGACAUAUUUAGAUUCACAUUUGUCAACGAUUCAGUAAAUAUUAAAGUCUUAGAUGUGCCAAAGCCUCCUCAACUCAAUGAUCUACCAGAAGUGAUGGAGGGCAUUGCAGUGAAUCUGACCUGCUCUGCUGAAGCUCCCUGCCCCAAACAACCUCCUACAUUAUCCUGGACUAACAUCACCAAAUCUGUCAACAUUACAACACAGUUACAGGAGAAACCUAAUAAAACUCAUUCAGUGUUUUCCUCAAUGACCUUCAAUGCUUCAUACAUGGAUCACAAGAUGAACAUCUCCUGCACUGCAACAUAUCCAAGAAACAUCUCCAAUGACACAACUGUGAACAUUUCUCCAAAAGAAACUCGUUUUCUCAUUGAACCAAAUGCUUCAGUCUCUGUUGGCACUAAUGUGACUUUAACCUGCCAAAGCAAAGCCAAUCCAUCAAAUGACCUGAACUACACCUGGUACAAAAAAGGAGAGCAGGAACCUCUGGCUUUUGGAAAGCAAAUGACCUUCAAUGUCAGUAAAACAAAUGGUGGCUGGUACUUCUGCAGGGCAAAAAACAAACAUGGUGCCCAAACUUCAGAAGCGAUCCAGCUGAUUGUUAAAGUCGUUUUCAUAGUAGGGUCAUCAGAAUCCUUCAUCGUGCCUUUGAUCGUCGGUGGUGUUGGAGGAGUUUUCGCUUUUCUUCUGUUAUGUCUUCUGGUGACGAUUUUCAUAAGAAAACAAAGGACGCAAGCAUCUAACGUACCUGUUAUUAGGGAAGCUGACUUUUCAGAUCAGGACCAGAAAAACCACAAAGAGACCAAUGCCACUUAUACUAAUAGUGCUUUUGUGACAAGUGAGAAACCAGAGACACCAAAAGAUGAAGGAGACAUCCACUAUGGAGAGAUUAACUUCACCCCAGUUCAAACCGAAAAUAUCACAGAGAAAAGCUCGGGUGAAGAGACGACGUACCCCCGCCUCCAUUCACUCGUCCCGGGACGACGAAGAGGAAAGCGGUUCUAG